AUGGCGACGCGGCGGCGGGCCAGGGCGAUGAACCGCGGCUCCCGGGUGGCCAUGGUGGGGGACGCCGGCCCCGCCACCGGCCCAGACCCACCUUACCGGCCCCGGCCGCAAAGCGAGUGUCGCAAAGGCGGGGGCGUGGCCCAGGCGGGCGGCGCGGUAACAGGAUAUAAAGUUUUCUGGACGUGUAUUAUAACCAAUAACUUAGCAGCAAAUGUCACAGUUAAUGUCUCUGUUUCCCAGGGAGAUGAUAGCCUGUCUGUGAUAACCUGUGAAUCAGAUACAGAAACGAAGUUAAAGAAGAAAAUUUUUCACAAGCCUCCAAAGUCACCAAAGUCUCCAUACAGCUCUAGCACACAACUGUAUCCUAAAAAAGCUGCAGUUUGGCGAUCUCUGCAGGGAACAUGCAGUGCACGUCUCGAGAGUGCAGCUGUAAAAAACCCAAGGCAGAUGUGGCUGAGAUCACAGAAACAAGGAAUGAGCCAUCCUCUGAAAUCAGAUGUUGACAUGAGGCAUAUGCGAACUAACGUUUCUAGUAGCACUCCAGAAUAUUUGAAGGAAGCUCUAGGAAUGAAGAAGCCAAAGCAUUCUCGUUCUUCUAGUAAUGGCUACGUUCCUGGAACUCCUGACUACAAAGAAAAAGAAGAUAUGUAUGAUGAAAUUAUAGAAUUGAAAAAGACAAUACAAGCUCAGAAAAAUGAGGGAGAUAGAAUGAAAACUAAGCUUCGUCGACUAGAAGAAGAGAACAAUAGAAAGGAUAAACAGAUUGAGCAACUGUUGGAUCCUUCCAGGGGCUCCGACCUGGCACGAGCUUUGUUGGAAAAGAAGGCUGAUAAUGGAUGGGUGGUUAGUGGAUUAAAGCAGAAGAUUCUCAAGCUAGAACAACAGUGCAAGGAGAAAGACAACACUAUUAACAAAUUCCAGGCAGACAUGAAGACCACUAAUUUGGAAGAAAUGAGGAUGGCUAUGGAAACCUACUAUGAAGAGGUUCAUCGUCUCCAACUCCUCCUGGCAAAAUCUGAGACUAUGAGGAAAAAUACAGAGGGCAGAGAUACCCAAAAACGACUAAAGGCAUUGAAUGCUGCUGUCCUGAGAUUAUCCAGGAACAUCAAGGAGUUGCAGAAUGAGAAUCGGAGGCUGAAAGAAGAUCUAGAUCAUGUACUGAGCAGUUCUCCUCCUUCCGCUAAAACAAAAAAUUAUAGUGAGUGGAGCAGACAGAGGCUGGUGAGGCGGAUUUUGGAACUAGAAAAAAAAGUAUGUGCCAUGGAGAACACCAGGGUGUCAUCAGCAGAUACCGAGUCAUCCCAGUUACUGGCUGUGUCAUCUUCACCUUCUGUAGACCUGGAUCAUCCAGCCUCUCAACAGGUAGACCAUGUUGAGGAAUGUCGUCACCUCCAAGGGCUAGUGAAGAAACUGAGGAGUGAUAGGAAGGCACUUCAAAAUCUCCUACUCAAUAAAGAAUUAGAUAUCAAGCAGUUACUGCAGGCUAAGGCUGAAGUGGAGCUUCAGCUGCAGAAGUGGCAGAAUAAGAUGGAAGAAAAGAGUACAGAAGAGCAGGCUUUAAGUGAGGAAAUCCAGAACCUGACACAGAAAGUAGGGAAAUUGGAGUCAAAAAUGGAGGAAGAGAAGAGACAAAUGGCAGAAGAUACAAUGGAAAAUCUUAAUAAGUCUUCACCAGUCUUCACAGUUAAAGGCAAAGACGAUGACAGGAAGGAACAAGCAGCCAAAAUCAUCCAGAGACAGUGGAAGGUGUACCAAAACAAGAAAGAAGAAAUUGCUCUGGAUGAGGCAGUUGUUAUGCUUCAGGCAGCUUUCAGAGGACAUUUAGCUCGACAGAAACUGUUAGUGAAUAACAGGAUGCAUGAUGCAAAAUCUCACAACAAGAUGUCCUGCAUGUCUCCUGUGUCAAACUCCUUGCACUUGUCUUCUGAUUGUGAGGAGAAAGAUGAGAUUGUGACAUUCAUCCAGUCCAUUUUCAGGGCUCACUUAGCACGUACAGUACUGCUUGAGGAGAGGCCCUCUGUGUCCAGUGCACCGAGUGAGAAAGCAGAUUCUGCAGUUUACAUUACAGAGAAGAAACUGGUCUCAGCGGCACUCCAGAGACCUUCUUCAAUCUUUGUGUCAUCUCUUCCUGUUAUUAUUGCCAGGUCCUCUGAGAAGCAGUCGCAGCCUACUCUCCCUUUGUCUGUGGAUGAAGCUCACUCAGAUGAUUCAGAUGAUAUUGUCAUUGUCUCUCCGUUCUUGCAGAUGAAGAAAAAACACACACACUCUUAA